UAUAGAAAGAGUUGAAGAGUCUUGAUGAUUAGGGUGGGUAGGUAGAGAGAGAAAGUGUUUGUGUAUGAAAUAGAGACCUUUGUUUUGUGUUGUGUCUCAUAAUCUCCACACUUUGUUCACUGUUCUUCCAGCCUCCACUCCCUCAUACAAACAAAGCAACAAAGAAACUCCUCAUCGUCAAUCAUUGUGGAGAAAAGAAGUGAGCAGACUGAUUCUGUUGGGUUCUGAAUUUCAGCCAUAUACAACUAAAGUUACAAGUUUGAACUGAAAUGGAAACUGAAAAAUCUAACAUUUCAAAGGCUGAAGAACUUAAAACCCUUGCCAAUGAAGCUUUCAAUGCUCGAAAAUACUCCCAAGCCAUUGAUCUAUAUACUCAAGCAAUUGAGCUAAACGGUGGAAAUGCAGUUUACUAUUCUAAUCGUGCCUUUGCUCAUCUUCGGCUUGAGGAAUAUGGUAGUGCAAUACAAGAUGCCUCAAAGGCUAUUGAAGUUGAUCCUAAAUAUUCAAAGGGUUAUUACAGGCGAGGUGCUGCUUAUAUUGGGCUGGGAAAAUUCAAGGAAGCACUGAAAGAUUUUCAGCAGGUCAAGAAAAUGUGUCCAAAUGAUCCUGAUGCAACAAAGAAACUGAAGGAAUGUGAAAAGGCAGUUAUGAAGCUUAAAUUUGAAGAAGCAAUUGCUGCACCUGAGUCUGAAAGGCGUUCAAUAGCUGAAUCGAUAGAUUUCCAUACAAUAGGAAAGGGCCGCAAUUCUUCGGUGCCAACCGAAGUGGCCAUAGCAGCAGUGGUAGCAGUUAUGGCAGCAGCGGUGAUGUUGUUCAGGACAUCAAAGACCACAAUAGUAAUUGCAAUUGUGGUUGGUUUGCUGUUGCUCCUCGGGGCUUAUUGGUGGAGUGGCCACAAUACUGAUGUCGAGCCACAAUAUUCAGGAGCAAGAAUAGAGGGGGAUGUUGUUACUUUGGAUUUUGUGAAAAAAAUGAUGGAAGAUUUCAAGAACCAGAAGUUCUUACAUAAACGGUAUGCAUUCCAGAUUGUAUUGCAAACAAGAGAAAUUUUGCAAUCUUUGCCUUCUCUUGUUGACAUACAUGUUCCUAAUGGCAAACGUUUUACUGUUUGUGGUGAUGUGCAUGGUCAGUUCUAUGAUCUUUUGAAUAUUUUUGAGCUUAAUGGACUUCCUUCAGAAGAGAAUCCGUAUCUAUUUAACGGUGACUUUGUGGAUAGGGGAUCUUUUUCAUUGGAAGUUAUCCUGACCUUGUUUGCAUUUAAGUGCCUGUCUCCAUCAGCCAUAUAUUUAGCCAGAGGAAAUCACGAGAGCAAGAGCAUGAACAAGAUAUAUGGUUUUGAGGGUGAGGUGCGCUCAAAGUUGAAUGAUACUUUUGUCGAACUCUUUGCGGAAGUAUUCUGCUUUUUACCACUGGCUCAUGUGAUAAAUGAGAAAGUUUUCGUAGUUCAUGGAGGUCUUUUCAGUGUUGACGGGGUCAAACUCUCUGACAUCCGAUCAAUUAAUCGAUUCUGUGAACCUCCUGAAGAAGGGCUGAUGUGUGAAAUUCUUUGGAGUGAUCCACAACCUCUCCCUGGAAGGGGCCCAAGCAAGCGUGGUGUGGGUCUUUCUUUUGGUCCAGAUGUUACAGAACAGUUUUUGCAGGAAAAUAAUUUAGAUUUAGUUGUGAGAUCUCAUGAAGUAAAGGAUGAGGGUUACGAGAUUGAACAUGAUGGUAAACUCAUAACUGUCUUUUCUGCUCCAAAUUACUGUGACCAGAUGGGUAACAAAGGUGCCUUUAUUCGAUUUGAAGCACCAGAUUUGAAACCUAACAUUGUCACAUUCUCAGCAGUGUCACACCCUGAUGUCAAACCAAUGGCUUAUGCAAACAACUUCCUCAGGAUGUUCUCAUAAUUUACAAAGCUGACUAGAAGCCUAGAACUGUCAAUGGUUUAAUGCUGUUUUGAAUGACUGUUAUUCGCCAAGGACAUGAUUCAAGCGAUGGCUAGAGAAGAUUUGGUACCGUGCUACAUGUUUAUCUUUGUUGUUCUGUAUAAUAUUUUUGGCUCAACAUUUUAUUAAAACUCAUUUUUUCUCCCCCUCCCCCCUAAUCUUUACCCGUUCAGUUUUGUGCUGUUUUAUUUUCUGUGAACAAGUGUAAGGAAAUUUACAUCUCCAUUUAGCUUCAUGAAACUCUGGUGAUAAUGUUUAACUGAAAUGACCACAUGAAAAUCACUGCUUAGAUGCAAGACCAUUUACUA